GGCUGUGGAGCGGGCGAGCGCUAGCUAACGGGCACGCGGGGGGCGGGGCCUCGGAGCUAAGUUGGUGUCGCCGACAACGGUUUCCUAAAGCUGAGCGCUUGCGGUGCCUGGCAGAGGCCGCGCCGGGGGCCGAUUGGUUACUUCAUUUCUGGCUUGAGCGGCCACAGCGUGCACUGAGGACCCGCGUGAUGCAUGAGCACAGCGCUGAGGGACUGGGAUGACCUGGAUAAGGGUUCUGCCGCGUCCCACGGAGGCAAUGGAAAGAUCUCAUGCUCCCAGGAAUGGCCUGAUAUGAAGGAGUCAUACCUCCAGCUUUCCCAAGCUGCCCUGUGGGUGCCUUGUCCUUCAAGUGCAGGAGCUGGCUGAGCUGUCAGGAAUGGAAGCCAAUGUGACUAUCCCAAUCUGGCAAAACAAGCCACAUGGGGCUGCUCGGAGUGUGGUAAGAAGAAUUGGGACCAAUCUACCCCUGAAACCUUGUCCCCGGGCAUCCUUUGAGACUCUGCCCAACAUUUCUGACCUGUGUUUGAGAGAUGUACCUCCAGUCCCUACUUUGGCUGACAUUGCCUGGAUUGCUGCAGAUGAAGAGGAGACAUAUGCUCGGGUCAGGAGUGAUACGCGCCCCCUAAGACACACUUGGAAGCCUAGCCCUCUGAUUGUCAUGCAGCGGAAUGCUUCGGUGCCCAAUCUGCGUGGGUCUGAGGAGAGGCUCCUGGCCCUGAAGAAGCCAGGCCUACCUGCCCUAAGCCGCACCACUGAGCUGCAGGAUGAACUAAGCCACUUGCGCAGCCAGAUUGCUAAAAUAGUGGCAGCAGAUGCAGCUUCGUCUUCAUUAACGCCAGAUUUCUUAUCUCCAGGAAGUUCAAAUGUCUCUUCUCCUUUACCUUGCUUUGGAUCCUCAUUCCACUCUACAACUUCCUUUGUCAUUAGUGACAUCACUGAGGAGACUGAGGGAGAGGUCUCUGAGCUUCCAACAAUCCCCCUGCUUUGUUCUGCCAGCCCUGAAUGUUGCAAACCAGAACACAAAGCUACCUGCAGCUCAUCUGAAGAGGAUGACUGCAUCUCUCUGUCUAAGGCCAGCAGCUUUGCAGACAUGAUGGGCAUCCUGAAGGAUUUUCACCGGAUCAAACAGAGCCAAGACCUAAGCCGGAGUUUACUGAAGGAAGAAGACCCUGCUGUGCUCAUCUCCGAGGUCCUCAGGAGGAAGUUUGCUCUGAAGGAAGAAGACAUCAGUAGAAAAGGAAACUGACAGCACUGACUGUAACCUCAGUCUCAUGCUCCUGACUCCUUCAAUAGCUGCCUUCCUCGCUGCAGAUGUCUCUGCCUCCGUUAGAAGUCUGCAAGUGUCUUGCCAACGAGCUAGAGCUUGGGCUGGAAGAGCUGGAUUAUGUGUUACUUGCACUUAAACCUUGACAGAAGCUAAGGUCUGUGGUUUGAGUUUAGGCAUUUGUUACAGGUAAUCAAUCGGGUAGGGUGGAAUGUCUGUCUAAGAGGUGAAGUUUCUUGUUUUUCCUAGUCUCUGCGUGAAAAUAGGCCCUAAAUGAAUGACUCAGUUCACUGCGUUAGACUCCAUAAUUGGUCUGCUGGACACUUUGUGCACAGCUGUCACUCUCAGCAGCUUCCUUGCAGCACCACAAGGUUAAGGGGGAGGGGCUGUUUAUGUUCAUGUUCACAGGGACGAUCUUCUGCUGCUCCAUCAAAACCCACACCAGUGCCCAGCAGUCACCUUUUCCUCUAGCUAUGGCAGUCAGGCCACUGAACCAGCCAAUACUUGGCUGCUGCAGGGAGGCCUGGGCUAUUUUUUUCUUAAACAUAUUUUAUAAAACUACAACCAGAUCUACCCUCCAGGGCCUCAGAAGUUCUACUGAGUGAAAUUAUUUUCUUCCAUGGACUUAAGUCUGGGAAGGAGAAUUGGGGAGAGAAAAGAGCAUACUAUCCUUCUAGGACAAUAACCGAUUUCUCUGGGUUGGGCCAAGAUUUUAUUUUCUGCAUCAUGCAUGACUCAGGUGCCCUCAGGGCCCUUUUCUCUAUGAAUACUGCGUGUCUGAGUUGAAGUGCUAUCUGACAUUAAAUGAAGGAUUUGGAGAAAUGGUGCAUUUUCUUUAUCACUGAGUUUUGACCACAGUGGCCUUUGGGGAGGACUCCUGUUAAUUGUAAGGUAUGUGAGCUUUCUUAAACAGGCUCCUUUCUUGCCUUUAGGACAGUGUUUCUCAGCCUUCCUAAUGCUGUGUCCCUUUAAUACAGUUCUUCAUGUUGUGGUGACCCCCCCCCACCAUAAAAUUAUUCUGUUGCUACUCUAUAUUGUAAGUUUGCUACUGUUGUGAAUCAUAAUGCAAAUAUCUGAUAUGCAGGACACCUAAUACACAAUCCCAACGGGGUCGUGACCCAUAUUGAGAACCACUGCCAUAGGAGGAAGUUUCCUGAGGCUGAAGAAAUGACCCAGAGGUCAAGACCAUUGGUUGCUCUUCCGAGAACCAGGUUGAGUUCCCAGCACCACAUGGCUGUUCAGUCCGGUCCCAGGAAUCUGACACUUCUGGUCUCAUAGGUAUCAGGCUCACAUGAGGUAAACAGACAUACAUUUUAUUCUAAAGGGUUUUGUCCUCCUUUCCAUAGAAAAUCUCCCAAAUCUCCUAAAAGUAGUUCCAUUAUUUAGCAUCCUGUGUUUGCACAUCCUAGAGGCUAUUUACGCCUCGGGUGUCAUACCUGUGACACAACGGCUGCACGAACGGUGGUGCUCGGGUAGACAGAACACAGGACAGUUGACACCAGUUACUAAAAAGCUGACUUGGGACCAGAUGGUGAUGGCACACACCUUUAAUCCCAGCACUCAGAAGGCAAAUGCCAUUGGAGCUCUGAGUUCGAGGCCAACAUGGUCUACACGUGAGUUCCAGGAUACCUUGGCUAUAUUGGGCUGGCAGAAUGGCUCAGAAAAAGGAAGUCUUGCCACUCAAGCCUGAUGAUCUGAGCUUAGAAUCCAUGUAAAGGAGAUAGGAUUCUUGGAAGCUGGUCUCUGGUGUGGCACAUGUAAUUGCACAUCAGUGUUCCCUUUUCUUUUUGAGCAGGAUAUGUGGGGGUUUUGCUUUUGUUUUUUGAGACAAGAGUUUCUCUAUUUUAUUUUAAAAAGACCCCCCCUUUUUUUUUCUUUUAAAUUUAUUAUUUAUAUAGUGUUCUGGGCACCAGAUAUCAUUAUAGAUGGGUGUGAGCCAUUAUGUGGUUGCUGGGAAUUGAACUUAGGACCUCUGGAACAACAGUCAGUUCUCUUAACCUCUGAGCCAUCUCUCCAGACCUUCUCUGUAGCUUUGGAACCUGUCCUGGAACUCAUUCUGUAGACCAGGCUGACCUCGAACUCACAGAGAUCUGCCUGUCUCUGCCUCCCAAGUACUGGGAUUAAAGGCGUGCACCACCACCGCUCAGCCAGGAUGUCUGUUUUAGUUGGGUUUCUUUUAUUAUUAUUAUUUAUUAUGUGUACAAUAUUCUGUCUGCAUGUAUGCCUGAAGGCCAGAAGAAGGCACCAGACCUCAUUACAGAUGGUUGUGAGCCACCAUGUGGUUGCUGGGAAUUGAACUCGGGACCUUUGGAAGAGCAGGCAAAGCAGGCAACGCUCUUAACCGCUGAACCAUCUCUCCAGCCCUCUAGUUAGGUUUCUUAUUGCUGUGAAGAGACACCAUGAACAUGGCAACUUUUAAAAAUAAAAACAUUUAAUUGAAGUGGCUUACUUACAGUUUCAGAGGUUCAAUCCAUUAUGAUCAUGAAGGGGAACGGCAGUGUGCAGGCAGCUGGAACUGAG